GGUCAUCACAGAGGCAAUUAAAGUUCUUUCACGCCAGGAAAAACAAAAUGCUGGGUGCCUCGUGAGGUUUCAGAACCUGGCUGCAAAAGGACCCUACACAGAGGAGAUACAACUCAGCACGGCGGACCGCUCUACACGGAAUGUUUGUCAAUGGAAUUUUUCCACAUCUCAUACCACAAACAUGAGAAAAAAGUGAUUAUUAAUGAUUGAAGCUUGAUGACAUUCCAAAGCCUACCUCUUCUCUUCUCAAAUUAGAGAAAAAUGAGCGGGCGGACUUGCUGGCUUUGCAAGGCAUGCAGAGAGGCAUCCGAGAGGCGCCCUGCACACCUGACUCUGGAGGAAGUGCUCUCUUGGGCCCAGUCCUUUGAAAAGCUGAUGGCCACAAAACACGGUCCGGUAAUCUACGCAGCAUACCUAAAAAUGGAGCACAGUGAGGAGAAUAUUAAAUUCUGGAUGGCCUGUGAAACCUAUAAGAAAAUUGCCUCGCGAUGGAGCAGAAUUUCUCAGGCCAAGAAGCUGUACAAGAUUUACAUCCAGCCACAGUCCCCUCGAGAGAUUAACAUUGACAGUUCGACAAGAGAAACCAUCUUCAGGAAUAUUCAAGAACCCACGGAAACAUGUUUUGAAGAGGCCCAAAGAACAGUGUACAUGCACAUGGAGAGAGACUCGUACCCCAGGUUUUUAAAGUCAGAAAUGUACCAGAAACUUGUGAAGGCUGUGCAGCCCAAUAACCAUUCCUGACCACCACUCAGAAGCUUACAGUGAAGACGGCCUGUGGAAAGUGCUGGCUUUCUUGUUUUAAUUUUUAAAAAAGAAAACUCACAAAAUGAAAAACAAAGUAGGAAUUAAAGUACAAGGAAUCAAACCAUAAACUGGGUACAAGUUUCCAAAGAGAAAGAGACCCCAAAGGGAUGGACCCUAGAACUGUGGACCUGGGAGGAACACAGCCUGUGGCUCAUGGAUGCAGCGCUCAUCUGACGCACAUGAGAGAGGAGGGCCUUCCUCCCUGACCCCAGGGCUGCAACCUGCCCCUGCAGUGGGCAACUAACGGAUGCUUCCUGCAGAUGAAACUCAGUACCACAAUGUGCAGCUCAGUCCUUUAGACGUUGCAGCUGUAUGAGCUGUGUCUCUGGCACACAUGAAAUCUACAGAGCACUCGUAAUAAUGUUCAUUAGCAGACAAACUUAGUACCCACAGUGCCAUCAAUUGUGCCAUAUCAUGAGCGAUAUCCAAAAGAUGGGUUCUUGAGAAAUGUUUUACCUGUCAAAUUCUCCUACUAUUAUGUGCAUAACUGAAUUUCUAUGUUGUAUUUAUCUUCAACCUGUGAACAAUUUCUGA